AUGUCGGAUGACUGCAGAAGACGUCGAGUCAAGUGUGAUGAGGAGCAUCCAAGCUGUCGGACAUGUGUGCGGAGAAAUGUCCACUGCGAGUACCCAGACAAUGCCCAACGUCUGCCCAGCCCGCCAACAACUACACCAGACUCCCAUGUCCCACUGUGCCUUGCCAGAUCUUCGUCUUCACCGUCGGCCCCAACGCCAGCCACCACGCCUCUCUUCAGCCUCGCCAACGUCACCACUGACACAUUCUCGUUGGUCGACUUGCGUCUGCUUCAUCACUGGAUUACAUAUACAAGCCAAGACAUUUGCAGGUGUCCUCCAGCUCGACACAUCUGGCAAGGCAUACUUCCCCAGAUCGGAUUCAAACAUCCAUAUGUGUUGCACGCCUUGCUGGGUCUUGCGGCUUUGCAUAUUGCCUAUCAAAACCCGCAGGAGAGAAAGGUCAGAUGGAUGGAUGCAGUUGACCACCAUAGCAGAGCGCUAGAUGGCUUCCAGAAAGCCGUUGGGUGCAUCAGCGAAGAGAACAGUGAAGCACUGUUUGUGGGAUCACUAUGCAACGUCUUGUACGUCUUCGCCCUGUCGAAUCCGCUCCAGGAGACUCUAGGCACCGUCUCUUACUCGACAGCGUCAUCACGGAACGACAGGAUACUCGGGGCUGAGUGGAUUCCCAUGAUCCGUGGUUUGGAAGCAGUACUUCGGCCCAUCCAAUGCCAUUUGCUAUCUGGCAGGAUAAGCUCCAUCCUCAGCCUCGGCAAUUGGGAUGAGCUAGAUCUUGAAAAGAGCAGCUCUGACCCAGCUGAUGAGUACAUUUGCAGAAGCCGGGAGACCUGGAAGGACUCCAACUGUUCCGAGAUCUAUGAAACUACUCUCCAAACUUUCCGAAAAUGCCGGUUGUACUCGGAGCAGUUCUCUUCCAUGGAUCCAAAGGUUAUUGACCAGUGGGUAUGGAACAGAGCGUGGUCAGGACCACUCAUGUUCAUUCACUUUGCGCCUGAGGCAUACUUUACGCUUCUUCAACAGAGGCAACCACCUGCUUUGGUUCUGUUUGCUUUCUUUGGCGCUCUUUUUCACACACUGGAUGACUAUUGGUUCUUGGAGGGAUGGGGAAGGUCAAUUGUUGAGGUGGUGCACGAUAUCCUUGGUCCGUAUUGGAAGCCUUGGAUUACUUGGCCCCUGCAAGCAGUUGAAAUGGAAUGA